ACACUUUUUCUGUUAUCUCAAUCAAUCUUCCCGAUCAAACAGUGUAAUUUUCAGACAUGGGCAACAUCAAGUUCACGAAGAUCUCUAAGCCCAAAAUCCUCCUUAUUCCAUAUCCAGCACUGGGACACGUCACUCCCAUGCUCAACCUUGCUUCCAUCUUGCUCGCCAGAGGCUUCCAGCCGGUUCUCGUAACGCCGGAGUUCAUUCACCGACUGAUCGUCUCCGGGCGGGACCCUAACGACGGCGUCUGGUGCAUGUCAAUACCGGACGGGCCUGCAAAAGAGGCGGCGGCGCGGGAUUUCUUCGGUAUCGAGAAAGCAAUGGAGGAUACGAUGCCGUUUCACUUGGAGCGACUGGUUUAUGAGAUGGUUGACGAUAAGGAUCGUGGUAGUAGGGUGGUGUGUAUGGUGGUUGACUUGCUGGCGUCAUGGGCAAUCGAGGUGGCUAAUCGGUAUCGGAUUCCAGUCGCCGGGUUUUGGCCGGCAAUGCUUGCUACUUAUCGUUUGAUCGCCGGCAUACCGGACAUGGUCCGGGGAGGCAUCAUUUCCGAUUCCGGGUGUCCUAAACAUCUGGGCAGCACAACAGUCUCUCUGCAUGAUAACCAACCUCUGCUAUGCGCCGAAGAACUUCCAUGGCUGAUCGGAAAUCUAACCGCAAGAAAAGCAAGAUUUAACUUUUGGAAAAGAACCCUUGACCGCUCCAAAACCCUCCCGUGGCUUCUAGUCAACUCCUUUCCUGACGAGACUUCCGGCGACUGCAACGAUAAACAAGAACAUUUCAGCCAUUAUAACCAUCAUCAGAGUCAACUGGUUUUCCCUGUUGGGCCAUUGAUCAAACAAGCAACGGCGACGAAGAAUCCGAGCUUCUGGGAAGAAGAUAGAAGCUGCGUAGAAUGGUUAGGCAAGCAGAAACCGGAGUCGGUGGUGUACAUUUCAUUUGGCAGUUGGGUGAGUCCAAUCGGAGAAGCGAAACUAAAAAACCUAGCGCUCGCAUUAGAAGCCUCUAGUCGGCCAUUCAUCUGGGUCCUGGCACAAGCCUGGCGCGACGAGCUCCCAAAUGGGUUUCUAGAAAGAGUAUCAGAACAAGGAAAGGUGGUUUCAUGGGCGCCGCAGAUGGAGAUUCUGCAACAUUCAGCGGUGGGAUGUUACUUGACGCAUUGCGGGUGGAAUUCAACGAUGGAGGCUGUCGAGUGUCAGAAGCGGUCGUUGUGUUUUCCGGUGGCCGGAGAUCAGUUCAUGAACUGUGCUUAUAUCGUGAAGGUAUGGAAGAUUGGGGUGCAGAUCAACAAUGGGUUUGCGAAGGAGGAGAUUGAAGAGGGGGUGAGGAAGGUGAUGGAGGAUGAUGGAGGGGAGAUGAAGAAAAGUUUGAUGAAGUUACGUGGGAAGAUGACGGGGGAGGAGGCUAGCUCGAGAGUGACGGAGAAUCUGACGGAGUUUCUCGAUAGUAUCAUGAAGCAAACGGGGUUAGUUUCGUGA